AUAAGUAAUACCACCACUCGAGUGUCCAACGCUAUGCUCACUUCACUUCACCUCGGUUUUAUUUAAUAUACACUUUUAGCAAUAUAUACGCACAUCAGCCAAACAAUAUGUUCAAGUUUCUUUUCAUCAUCGCGUUGAAUUUUGCAUUGGCAGUUGCUACUGCCAUAAAUUACCCGACAGGUCUCUACAGGCGCGUCAUUGUCGACAGCGCUGAAAAUAAAUCCAAUUCAACGAAUGAUGUCAGUGCUGGGCUAAUAGCCGGAGUCACUGUUGCUGUCAUCUUGGGUCUUCUUCUUCUUUCAUUUGGUGUCACAUUCCUGAUCUCUCGCUAUAGCCGCAAAAAGGCUGCCAACAUUAACAAGUAGAUGGGAAUAAUAAGCGCUAAUACAGGCAGGCGGACAAUAUUUUCGAUAGUAUCAAAGAAAUAUUAAGGCUUGUCGCAUGUGUAAGUGUAAAUGUGAGUGUGUGUUUGUAGCUUUCUUCUAUUUCUUUGCUUUGUAUUUUACUUUUUGCAAAGCGUAUAAAAAAGUUGCUGUCAUGGGCUAUCCAGCCAUUCAUACAAUCUACGAAAGGCGCGCCGUUGAUGGUUUCAACUCCAUAACACAAACACAGGUAGCUGAAACUGGUAGCCCUACAGACACGGGAAACAAAAUCUCUGGAACAACCAUUAUGUGGGCUGCAAUUGGGUGCGGACUGGGUGUAGCGUGCUUUAUGGUUUUUCUGGGCUGCUUCAAAAAGGUCAACCAGUUUCUCUGCCCUUGUUGUUGCAGCGGGGACAAAGAAGAGCACAAAAACUAAAAAAGGGUUAAUAGAAUCAUGUCCAGUCAAUAAUAAUGGCCAGAAUUAACGUCGGACUAUAUUUAAUGUGUG